CGUCUUUCGCGGCGAUGGACACAUGACGUGAGGCGACUGGUCCAGCGUGUUUAUCUUCUUCCCAUCGACACUUCUCUCCCCACUCUUCAUCCCACGACUCACAAUGGACCACGGAGGACAUGGAGGACACGGCGGAGGCAGCGGCGGCGGCGCGACGGCGCCCAAGUGCUCUAUGAACAUGCUCUGGAAUCACCAGGUGGCCGACACCUGCGUCGUGUUCCGCUCUUGGCACGUUGCGGGGUGGACGGGCAUGGUCGUGUCGUGCCUCGCCAUCAUCGCCAUCUCGGUAGGCUACGCCGCCCUGCUCGCCCACACGCGCGCCUACGAGCGGCGCGUGGCCGCCGCCCUCGCGGCCCAGGCGAACGCGGGCACGCCGACGUCGUCCUACUCGGCAGUGGACACCGCGCCGCGCGGCGAACAGGUCUUCAAGCUGCCCAAGCAUGCGCGCGUGCGCCGUGCUGCGCUGUACGCUGCGUCGGUGGCCAUCGCGUACUGGCUCAUGCUCGUCGCCAUGACGUACAACACGUACCUCUUCUCUGCUAUCGUUGUCGGCGCCGGUAUUGGGCACUACAUCUACGAGGAUGAGAUCGACCUUGGAUCGCUCUUGGGUGCUGGUAAGGGCCUCGCUUGCCACUAGUGCACUUCAAUAUGACCAUGCAUUGUCGGACUCUAUAUCACCAAGUGUCUAGCGCUGCUGCUGUUGCUGCGGCUCCUCGUUCAUCUCAAACCUGUACGCCUCGUCACUCCUAGGCGGCGUCCCAUUGUACUGUCGCACGCGCUGCAGCGCAGUGUUGACAACGCCGACACCGUGGGUGCGGGCCCAUGUGAAACCGUCUUCUAGGAGACCCUCGAGGGCUGGCGCGCGGUCGGGAGCUCCGGGCUGGCCACCCCAGCCACCAUCCCAGCUGGCUUGUCUGGAGCGCGAGGCGGCGUUCUCGGCUGUCGCGACGCGGUGCUUCUCGCUCGCCUCAUGCCGCAACACGUCCUUGAUCGUCACAAGGCCGACGAGCGUGCCCUCGUGGGACACAAGAAUGACUCGCGGUCCCAUACGGCGGAAGAGCUGGAGGACAAUCUCCAGCGGCAUCUUGGGCGACACUGUGAGGGGCGUCUGGUGGAGUCAGCUUCGAAUCUGCGUCGACGCUAGCUACCCACCUCAUCGAGG